UCUCAUUGCAAAAUUAUAUGAUAUUUAUAUAGUUAACCAAUAAUAAAUUAUGGAUAUCUUUAGAAUUCUUUCAAGAGGAGCAUCUCUUAAAAAGAAGAAAGAAGUUACUACUGAUUAUGCAUUACCAUCAGCUUCUCAAGUAUCGGCUGAAAAGGGGAAAGAAGAAUUAUUAAAGCAUCAAGUUGAUAAAGAAACUGAUUUCUUUCAUACUAAAAAGCAUACUGAUAUUUCAAAUUAUGAAACUAAACAACAAAAAUCUCAAGUAGUUGAAAUUGAAAAUGAUAAUGAUCAUGAAAUACCGCCUCCAAAGAUUUCUAAUGUUGAAGAUGCAAAAAAAUUAAGAAAAAUUAAUAAAGUUAAUGUAACAGGUGAAGAUUUACCAUUACCAAUUGGAUCAUUUGAAGAUUUAAUAUCAAGAUUUCAUCUUGAUAAAAGAUUAUUAAAUAAUUUAAUUGAAGCUGAAUUUAUAGAACCAACUCCUAUUCAAUGUGAAGCUAUUCCAAUAACUUUAAAUAAUCGUGAUCUUAUAGCUUGUGCUCCAACAGGUUCAGGUAAAUCUUUAGCAUUUUUAGUACCUUUAGUUCAACAAAUUUUAGCAUCAAAUAAAAAGAAUCAUGGAAUUCGUGGUUUAAUAAUAUCUCCAACUAAUGAAUUAGCAGUACAAAUUUUUCAAGAAUUAGAAAAAUUAGUUAAAGGAAAGAAAUUAACAAUUGCAACAUUAUCAAAACAACUUGCAAAUAAAUUAAAUAAUAAAAUAAUAAAUGGAUCAAAAUAUGAUAUUUUAGUUACAACUCCAUUAAGAUUAAUUGAUGUGGUUAAAAAGGAAAAUCUUGAUUUAUCUAAAGUUGAACAAUUAAUUAUUGAUGAAGCUGAUAAAUUAUUUGAUCAAGGAUUUGUUGAACAAACUGAUGAUAUAUUAUCUAAUUGUAAUAAUCCAAAAUUAAGAAAAUCCAUGUAUUCUGCUACAAUUCCUUCUGGAGUUGAAGAAAUGGCUCAAACUAUAAUGAAAGAUCCUAUUAGAAUUAUUGUUGGACAUAAAGAAGCUGCAUCAUCAACAAUUGAACAAAAAAUAGUAUUUACAGGUGAUGAACAAGGAAAAUUAAUUGCUAUUAGAGAAAUGAUUUUAAAAGGAGAAUUUAAACCUCCAAUUAUUAUAUUUUUACAAUCUAUUACUAGAGCAAAAGCUUUAUUUCAUGAAUUAUUAUAUGAUAAAUUAAAUGUUGAUGUAAUUCAUGCUGAAAGAACUCCAAAACAAAGAGAAGAAGUAAUUAAAAGAUUUAAAAAUGGAGAUAUUUGGGUAUUAAUAACAACUGAUGUUAUUUCAAGAGGGGUUGAUUUUAAAGGAGUUAAUUUAGUUAUUAAUUAUGAUGUACCUCAAAGUGCUCAAGCAUAUGUUCAUAGAAUUGGUAGAACUGGUAGAGGUGGUAAAUCUGGUAAAGCAGUUACAUUUUUUACAAAAGCUGAUGAUUUAGCAAUAAAACCAAUUUUAAAUGUAAUGAAACAAUCAGGAAGUAAAUUAGAUCAAUCAUGGAUGAAUGAUUUAACUAAAAUUUCUAAAAAUGAAAAGAAAAGAAUUAAACAACAUGAAAUUAAAAGAAAACAAAUUAGUACUGUUCCAAAAGUUGUUAAACAAAAGAGAAAACAAAAACAAGAAAUGAUUGAAGCAUCUAAAAAGAGGAAAUUACUUGAACAAAAUAAUGAUUCAAAUUUAAGUGAUUAAGUAAUUAAUUUUAUAGAUAAUUUACCUAAUGAUAUUUGUUAAUGGAUGUGUUUAUUUAAAAAU